UCGUAUCGCGGAGGCGGGGCUGUCUCUUUGGCAACGAGCCCGCCGCGGGAAGGGGGAGGGGAGGGAGCAGGAUGGGGAGUGGGUGCGGGUGUCACAGCCGUAGUUCGGCUGGCUGGCGGGGUUCUGGGCUUCAGAGCCUGCAGAUGCGGUCAAAUGGGUGACCGCCCAGGUUCCCGGGCAAGUCCGAAUGAACCCCGAGGCUGAGGAAAGGAGCUAACUGCCACCCUGGCUGGCACUCGGAAGCGUCCCUCCUUCACGCUGACCUCGGUCUCGCUUGUCGCCUCGCCCUUGGCCACACUUAGUGACCCGCACAUGGUCCGAGAAAUCUGCAUACAGGUCCUUGCAUAGGCCGAGACUUGCGAUGUAGGCACACAAACUGCUGUCGUCCUUCCCUUCGGCUCUGGGGCGUCGGGUCGCCCCCACCCCCGCGCCGGGGAGAUCCAGUCCAGGGUUAAUGCCAACGAGUUUCCACCUCCAGCCGCUCCUAGAGAGGCCGCGGCGCAAGCCAGCGGGGGAAACUGGCCAGGGACGGACACUUCCUGUGGGGGAGAGCGGGAGGGAGAGCAGUAGCUCAGCCGGGGCCGGGGUCGAGACGAGGGGUCUCAGGCUGGGAGUAGUGCCUGGGCACGGCCGGAGAAGUAGAGUAGCGGCUCACCUACAAGGCCACGACGCGCGAGGGCCGGUGAAGGCCACAGGACAAGCAGAGACCUUGGGAGGGGGCGGGGCCGCGGGCAGGGGCGGGGCCGGAGAGGCCCAGGGUCAAGACGUCCGGCCUUCGCGGCCCAAGCCUGGCCGCCCGGCCUCCUGGGCGGCACUGAAUCGGCGGGUGGCGAGGGCUCGGGUCUCCGGGCACUCGAACUGGGUUGCAGGAUCGUCUGCCGUCGCCACCGCCGCUGCACUGGGAGCUGGCAGGGAUGGAGCGGGAGGCGUCGUCGUGGGGCCUCGAGCCCGGGGAUGUGCACAGUCCUGACGAAAUGGCCAGCCCUGAAGGGUCUCUCAAAGGCAACACAAAUGAGAGCGAAGAAGGGGAAAUUUCUCAGCAAGAAGGCAAUGGGGACUAUGAAGUUGAAGAAAUACCUUUUGGGCUUGAGCCCCAAAGCCCAGAGUUUGAAUCCCAGAGCCCCAGGUUUGAGCCUGAAAGCCCAGGGUUUGAAUCCCGGAGCCCUGGGUUUGUGCCCCCAAGCCCUGAGUUUGCACCCAGAAGUCCUGAAUCAGACCCUCAGAGUUCCGAGUUUGAAUCCCAGAGUGCUAGGUAUGAGCCUCAAAGCCCUGGCUAUGACCCCAAGAGUCCAGGCUAUGAACCCGGCAGUCCUAGGUUUGAACCUAAAAGCCCUGGAUAUGGUUCGAAGAGCCCCGAAUUUGAAUCUCAAAGUCCCGGGUAUGAAUCCCAGAGUCCUGAGGAUGCGCCGCAGAACUCUGGAGAUGAAGCUCAGAAUCCUGAGUUCAAAACCCAUAGCCCUGAAUUUGAAACUCAAAGUUCCAAAUUCCAGGAAGGUGCAGAGAUGCUUCUGAACCCUGAGGAAAAGAAUCCACUGAGCAUCCCAUUAGGAGUUCACCCUCUGGACUCCUUUACUCAGGGGUUUGGGGAGCAACCCACAGGAGCACUGCCUCUAGGAGCAACAUUUGAUAUGCCUACAGGGGCCCUACUCGCCACACCCCAGUUUGAGAUGCUCCAGAACCCCCUGAAUUUGACAGGGGCCCUUCGUGGUCCAGGCCGUAGGGGUGGCCGGGCCAGGGGUGGGCAAGGCCCCCGGCCUAACAUCUGUGGCAUCUGCGGGAAGAGCUUUGGGCGAGGCUCUACCCUGAUCCAGCACCAGCGCAUCCAUACCGGUGAGAAGCCUUACAAAUGUGAGGUAUGCAGCAAGGCCUUUUCCCAGAGCUCUGACCUCAUCAAACACCAGCGCACUCAUACCGGCGAGCGGCCCUACAAGUGUCCUAGGUGUGGCAAGGCCUUUGCUGAUAGCUCCUACCUACUUCGACACCAGCGUACCCACUCUGGCCAGAAGCCCUACAAGUGCCCACAUUGUGGGAAGGCCUUUGGCGACAGCUCCUACCUCCUGCGGCAUCAGCGCACCCACAGCCACGAGCGGCCCUAUAGCUGCCCAGAGUGUGGCAAGUGCUAUAGCCAGAACUCUUCCCUGCGCAGCCACCAGAGAGUGCAUACUGGGCAGCGGCCUUUUAGCUGCGGCAUCUGUGGCAAGAGCUUCUCCCAACGUUCAGCACUUAUACCCCAUGCCCGCAGCCAUGCCCGAGAAAAGCCCUUCAAGUGCCCGGAGUGCGGCAAGCGCUUUGGCCAGAGCUCGGUUCUAGCCAUCCAUGCCCGCACCCAUCUGCCAGGCCGCACUUACAGCUGCCCCGACUGUGGCAAGACCUUCAACCGCUCCUCCACACUCAUUCAGCACCAGCGCUCGCACACAGGGGAGAGGCCAUACCGCUGCGCUGUGUGCGGCAAGGGCUUCUGCCGCUCCUCCACGCUGCUGCAGCACCAUCGCGUGCACAGUGGGGAGCGACCCUAUAAGUGUGAUGACUGUGGAAAGGCCUUCUCACAGAGCUCUGACCUCAUCCGCCACCAGCGGACCCAUGCAGCCGGCCGGCGCUGACCAGUCCAGGGUGGGGAGGUGAUGGGCAAAAGAGAAGGAGUCAGGGAACUAGAGAAACUGCUUCAGAGGAUAAUGGAAAGGCUGGAGGAGAAUACAAGGAUGGAAUAUUCUAGAAGAUGGGUCAGGGUGCAGGAAAUCACAUGCCCUCAAGAAGUAUGAGAAGUGGGCUAUGAAGAGGGAUUGCAGGGAGACUAAGCAGGCAACAGGAAGCACCAGAAGAGACCCGUGCUGCUUGUCUGAGUAGCAGCAUGCUCCUUAGCUGGGAGGCCUGUCCUGCAAAGUACUAGACAGGGAGGGGGGAGGGCAAGGGAGUGUCACUUAAUUAGAGUAGGGUAGCUUAGGUUGGUAGCUGCUGAGACCCUUGUGAAACCAGGAAGAGUGCAAAGCGUAGGUAGCGGGAGAGUGGGGUUCAAGGUAGGACCUGGGCCUCUCAGAGCAAACCCCAUCCUACCUUGUCUUCCUCAGGCUUUGGAGCCGUUUGAGUUCAAUAAAACUUUUAUGUGGUAA